GCAUUUGACAGUUUAUCCAAUCCUGUUGUAACGGUUUCAUACUUUUGCCGGUAGCGUUGUGCGUUGUGUUUGUAGUACAGGAAAAAUUGUGCGUCGCAAUAAAAGUGCAACAGAAUCUCAUUCAGUAUGUCGUGGCUUCCACUAGAAUCUAAUCCUGAUGUUAUGAACAAGUACCUACGUAAUCUUGGUGUCCCUGAGAAAUGGCAGAUGGUGGAUGUGUGUGGUCUGGACCCAGAUCUUCUCGCUACAGUGCCUAGACCUGUUUUGGCAGUGCUGUUGCUUUUCCCGUGCUCUGACAAGUAUGAGGAGCAUAAGGCUACACAGGAAGCAGAAGUUAAUGAGAAAGGCCAAACUGUGUCUGAAAACGUGUUCUACUUGAAGCAGGUCGUUACAAAUGCUUGUGGGACCAUUGCCCUCAUCCACAGCAUUGCAAACAAUACUGACGAGAUCCAGCUUUCUGAUGGACACCUGAAGCAAUUUCUGGAAGAUUCAAAGGCUCUGAGCCCCGAAGAUCGCGGGGAACUGCUUCAGAAGGCCGAGGGAAUUAUAAACACCCACAAGGAGUUGGCACUAGAGGGCCAGACAAAAGCUCCUGAUGAGAAUGAACUCGUUGGCUAUCAUUUUGUGGCCUUUGUGUUCAAAGAUGGUGACCUAUAUGAGCUCGAUGGCAGGAAAUCUUUUCCAAUAAACCAUGGACCGACUUCAAGAGACACUUUGCUGGAAGAUGCUGCCAAGGUGUGCCAGCAGUACAUUCAGCGUGAUCCAGAGGCACUGUACUUCACUGCCGUGGCCCUCACCGCAGCCUGAAGUGGACGGAGCCUUUAUUUCGGUCUAAACGCCAUGAUUUACGUCUGCCAUCACAGAUUUCAUCGUGCGGUGUGCUUCUACAUGCCUGCUUACCGUGUUACCAUUGUUUAGAAUUAUGACGGCUGUUUAGUUAGGGGCGCUGUUAUGUCAUUGGCACUUCUGUUUUUGUCGGGUUCGAUGUUAUAUUUGUGGUUGUACUCGACGCAGACCAUUUUUUCUUUGUUCUUUUGAAAGCGUCUGUUACGAUAUUCUUCUGUGCUGCUAUUCAUUUGUAUUAUGAUGACGUUUGAAAUGUUUCGCCCCCUGUAAUUUCUCCUUAAGAAUUUGCGUAACUGCGGUUGUGGGGUCCAUUCAAAAUAAAAGUGGUGUUCUAUUAAAAUGGUGCUGAGUUACUGAUGAUAGCUGUCGAUAGAAUUCGCUUAGGGUCUUUUUAAUAUGUGGUGUGUGUGUAGUUUGGUAAGUGAAGGUUUUACAUAUCAAAAUUCAUGUUCAAAUUAAUUACAGCUGAUUUUAUGUAGUAAAUUCUGAUGUGUUAUAUGCGUAGUCGAUGCCCUAAUUUAUUCGUAGGUUUCUGGCAGGGUUCAAGACCCUUUUAGCCGUAAAUAUCACCUUCAAAUGAGAUUGGGCUACUAAAUAAAUUCAAUCCCUUUUUCUAGCUUUGGAAUAUCAAAAAUGGCCAGUUAGUUCGUUAAUGUUCGGAAAUGCCGUAGAUAAUUUAGUGAGUGAUUUGAGAACUUCAUAACAAAAGUUGAGAUGAAGCCUGCUACUCAACGUAAUUCUUGUAUCAUUACAGAUUAGGCAUUUUGUUAGCGUGUUAUUUAAAUAAAUUUCUAAAACGUUCCUUCUUCAAGCCAUGCAAUAUUAAUAAAUAACUCAAUUGUCUUCGAACAAACCCAUUUUCUUGACGUCCCACAGAUUCAUAAAUGUUUAUGAUCGAGUUUGUGCUCGUGAAUAUCCGAAUAAUUUUCUGUUCUGCGUGGCAAAGUAGCUACUAAUCAAAUAUAUAUUUCUAAAAUUCUGCGUUAUUGAUCAGUGCAAGGAAAAAAUCAAGGGUCAUACAAAGUUUACUCCCUGCAAGCAUCUGUUAAAUGUUCCGCUAGACAAAGGUAAAGUAGUGCGGUAUAGUUGUGUCAUAUAUUUUCAGAUUUUAAAACUUUGCA